GGGAUGGCCCAGAUAAGCUGUAUAUGUAUCUGUUCAUAGAUAGAAACCUGACUAUUUUAAACAUGCUGCGCCUUCUAAUCAUAUUAAGUUUGCUCAGAAGAGCUUAUCUUUCAGAUAUUGUAGCACAAGGAGACACAGAUGUUGUGUUGGGUCAGGAUGCUUCACUCUCUUGUACGCUGCCGUUUGUGUCUGGAGUCAAACAGGUCACCUGGCAGCGGGUGCGCACGCACGAAAAUGUACAAACUCUGGCAACAUUCAGCGAACAAUUCCAGGAUAAUGUGGAUGAGGAGUAUGUGGGAAAAGUCACUUUAACUCUGGCGACAUUUAAUUCAACUUCUAUUAAGAUCAAAAACACAACAUUUGAAGACGAGGCUUGCUACAUUUGUUCCUUCAAAGUGUAUCCAUCAGGACCCAAACGAAAAACCCUGUGCCUCACUGUUAAAGGUAUCUCAGAAAUAACAGUGGAAGUGAAUCCUUCACCCACUUCUGAUUCAGAUGUUGUAGUCUCAUGUUCAGCCACUGGUAAACCAACUCCAACAAUCCAGUGGAAAUCAUCAGAGACAGAAAUGAACUUCUUCAGGUCAAAUAAUUUCACUAACCUCAACGAAGACAGUUCAACCACCAUUACAAUUAACAUCACAAUUCCACUGUCACAGUUUCAUGGGAAGUACGUGGAAUGUUUGGCUCAGAGUGACAGCGUGGAGAAGAGGUUCCAAAUUUAUGUGCCUCAAGAUGAUAAUAAAGAAAAUAAUGUCACAUUAAGAAAGUAUAUAAUUCCGAUGUUGGUCGUGGUUAUCUUCAGUAUUGUCAUUAUUGCCUUCUACCUUCACACAAAGUUAAAUGAUAAAAAUCAGAAAUCUGCUCGUACAGCAUGAACUAUUGGUCAUCUGCCACUUUCUUCAGAAUCUUUGAUAUGCUGCUUUUGUAGUCUGCUACAAUAAAAAAAGAAGAAACAUCAUGUUUCCUUUUGUGAAUAAGCUAAUAUUAAUAUAAUUGUAUAAAUAUC